AUGGGCAAAAAGUCGCAAAAGAAGGCUCAGGCCGCCACGACGUCGGCCGCACCCUCGUCCUCGGCGGCGACAACGACGCCCGCCAACGCCCUGUUCGGCGCCAAGCCCAGCGGAUCCUUUGAUGCCGAGCUCGAUGCCUUCUUCAAGGUAGCGCCCGCGUCUGCGCCCAAACCAGCAGCGGCAGCGGCACCUGCCACCGCCAGCAAGCGCAAGGCCAGCCAUGUCGAGGCGAGCGCCUCUGCCGCCAAGAAGGCCAAAUCGGCCGACGAGACGACCGACGAAGACGACGGGCAAGCCGCAGAGGCUGCCAGCAGCGAGGCCGAUGAGGACGAGGAUGAGGAUGCAGACGAGGGCGAUGGCGACCUCUCGGAGCUCGACGAGGCAGAGAUUGAGUCCAUGGCGGACCUGAUGGAUGCCGACGACUCGGUCGAAGGGGCCGGCGGCGAAGCAGCAGACAUGGAAGGCGGCGACGAGGAAGAGGACGAGGAGGAGGACGACGAGGAGGACCCGGACGUGGACGAAGACGAAGAUGACGACGAAGAGGAUGCGGCAAAGUACGGCUCGACGACCAAGCCCAAGGCGGCCUUCGCCAUCGUCCACGAGUCGCUGCAGAAGAAGGGCGCCGUGCGCAAGCCCAAAAACGCCCAGUUCGAGGACGUCGACGAGCCGUCGGAGCUCAAGGACAAGCGCACCCUCUUUAUCGGCAACGUGCCCAUCGAGGCCGUCAAGUCCAAGUCGCUCCAGCGGCGGCUGCGCAGGCACCUCGCCUCCCUCUCGCCCUACCCGGGCGUCACCAAGAUCACCAGCCUCCGCUUCCGCUCCAUCCCCUUUGCCGUCCCCACCGACGACUUCACCGCCGAGUCCGAAGAGGCCGCCGCCAAGCUCGCCAAGCGCAGGGAGCGGUCCAAGAACUACAAAGAGGCGCUCGCCGCCGUCGAGGGCAAGGACGCCGCGUCGGCCCACCAGUUCCUCACCGCCAAGCAGAAGCGCAAGGUGGCCUACAUCAACCAGGACAUCAACUCGCACGCCGACACCGUCAAUGCGUACGUCACCCUCGGAUACCCCGACGCCGUCUUCAGGCACAUCAACCAGACGAGGCGCGCCAAGCAGCAGGAGCGGGAGCAGGCAGAGGAGCAGGAGCAGGCAGACGAGCAGGACGCCGCCACGACUGGCAAGGGCGACGGCGAGGGCAGCGCCAAGCCCAAGAAGGGCAGCACCGGCUCCAAGGAGCAGCGACAGCCGGCCGACGAGCUGGCCGGCUUCGACAAACGCCUCACUGCGCCCGUGUUGGCAGCGCUGCUCGCCUCGAUCGCCGACGGCCAGCUGUUCGAGGGCCGCCACCUGCGCGUCGACCUGGUCAAGCCGCUCGAGGCGUCCGAAGUCAUCGCGGCCGGCCUGGACAAGGUGACGACGGCCGAAGGCAGCCUGGUCGGCAGCGCCGCAUCGGGCACCACCGACCCCAAGCGCACCCUGUUUGUCGGCAACCUCGACUUUGAGGUCAAGGACGAGGAGAUCCGCACCUUUUUCGAAAAGCUCCUCGCCGACGAGCGCGGCCCGCCGCCCGACACGCUCAUCCCCGUCGUCGGGCUCGAUGGCAAGCCCCCCGUCCAGCCCACGUUGUACCGCUCCAGCGCCAAGGCCGGCGGUCAGGGAGAGGGAGAGGACGAUGACGACGACGGCGCUGCUUCGUCGGACGACGAGAGCGAUGCCGAAGACGAGCGGACCGCCGCCGCCGCCGAUCGGAUGCUGGCGCUGCACGCCGCGUCGUGGGUGCGCAGCGUCCGCGUGAUCCGCGACAAGGCGACGCAGAUGGGCAAGGGCAUCGCCUACGUUCGCUUCCUCGACACCGAGUGCGUCGACGAGAUCAUGGCCAUCCACGAGGCCGAAGAGGCCUUCUUCGCCAGCGUCCGAGGAGGCGGCGCCAAGGGUGCAGCAGGCGGCAAGGGUGGCGGCGGUCGCAACAUCUCCAACAGCGCUCUGGCGUCGACGGCCAUCGCCGUUGGAGGCAAGCAGUCCGAGUUCCGGCGCCGGCUCAAGCUGCGCGGGAGGGUGCUGCGCGUGUCGAGGUGCAAGGCCACCACCAACGCCACCAGGAACGGCCCCGGCGGCGGUAACACCAGGCAGGGUCGAACGCAGAGGCGCGACCAGGCGACACCUUCGUCGGACGAGCCGCGCACGCCGGCGCGCGGCAGUCGACCGGGCUACCGAUCCAGCGGUGCACCCACGCCCAACGGAUCCUCGCCCAAAUUUGGCAGCGACCGUCCGGCACAGUCCCGGGCCGCCUCGACAUCGACGACGCCAACAAAGAAGCACGGUCCGGCCAGCAGCAGCGGCGGCGGCGCGCCCGCCAAACCGCCACCUGCAUCAGCGGCCGCGCUGGAAAAGGCGAGCAUGCUGGCCAAGCUGGGCAAAGAGGAGCGCGCGGCGUUCAAGCGCAACGACGCAGAGAGGCAGCAGCGUCGCAUGGAGAAGAAGAACAAGAAAAAGGCGGCCUCCAAGAUCCUCAAGGACGCCGGCAGCGGGAGGGACAAGGUCAAGCUGCCCUCGUCGUCGUCAUCGUCGUCCAAGGGCGGCGCGGCCAAAGGAAAGGGCAAGAAGAGCUUCAGCGGUGCCGGUGCCCAGGCCAAGAAGGCAAAGGCCAAGGCUUCGGCGGCGGCAGGCGGCGGCAGUGGUGGGAAGCCCAAGAAGGUCAAGAAGUAG